AUGUCCUUGAAAGCUCAAAUUGUUUACUUAUCCUUUUUCUCAAGAUGUUUGGUUCCUUGCGCAGAUUCUACUUUUCAGUUUCUCUUCGAACAAUGGAAAGACCAAUUUCCUCCAGGCUGCCUGCUGAAGGAAGCCUUUAUUGACCAACCAUUUGAAGAAGAUGCUUGUUGCUGCCACUUCAAUUUUAUCAAAGACAAAACUGAGAGCAGUGAUUCGGAGUUAGUCUUGAAAUACCAAUGGUUCAUAGGAGAGAGAACUCCUUCUAAUUUUAUUGUAAUUCCUGAUGAAACCAGAGGGGUGUACUGGCCAAAGCAUGAAGACAUUGGUAGAAUUCUGAAAGUGGAGUGUACUCCAAUUCUGGAAGAGACAGCGUACCCCACAAUUUUUGCAAUAUCUUCACCAGUAUCACCUGGUAUGUUUUUCAGCAUUAAAAUAUAG